GAGAGGAACUUUUGGUACCCAAAGUGGGAGCACUGUCUGUAGAGCUGAAGGGCAGACUCCCUUAUUUGGAAGCUGCUGAUGUCUGAAAGAGGACAUAGUAUUAAUACCUUCUCUGUGUUUGGUCCCUUUAGUCUCUCUGAGCUGGAGAAUGCUGGAGAUAUUCAGGAUGGCCAAUAUCACUAUGAGGGGGCAGUGGUAAUACUCGAUGCUGGAGCUCAGUAUGGAAAAGUCAUAGAUCGUCGAGUACGAGAAUUGUUUGUCCAAUCUGAGAUCUUUCCUUUGGAGACUCCUGCCUUUGCAAUCAAGGAGCAAGGAUUCCGGGCUAUCAUCAUAUCUGGAGGACCAAACUCUGUGUAUGCGGAAGAUGCACCUUGGUUUGACCCAGCAAUAUUUACAAUAGGCAAACCAGUUCUUGGAAUCUGCUAUGGCAUGCAGAUGAUGAAUAAGGUAUUUGGAGGUACAGUGCACAAAAAAGAUGUUAGAGAAGAUGGAGUUUUCAGCAUUACUCUGGAUAACACAUGCUCACUGUUCAGGGGCCUUCAGAAGGAGGAGUUUGUGCUCCUCACUCAUGGAGAUAGUGUAGAUAAAGUAGCUGAUGGGUUCAAAAUUGUUGCACAAUCUGGGAACAUUAUAGCAGGUAUAGCAAAUGAAUCUAAAAAACUGUAUGGAGUUCAAUUCCACCCUGAAGUUGGCCUUACAGAGAAUGGAAAAUUGAUACUGCAGAAUUUCCUCUAUGAUAUUGCUGGAUGCAGUGGUAACUUCACAGUAGAAAAUAGACAGCUUGCAUGUAUUCAAGAUAUCAAAGAGAAAGUGGGUUCAUCAAAAGUCCUGGUUUUACUCAGUGGAGGUGUGGACUCAACAGUGUGUACUGCUCUCCUGAACCAAGCUUUAAACCAAGACCAAAUCAUAGCUGUACACAUCGAUAAUGGAUUCAUGCGCAAGAGGGAAAGUCUAUCUGUGGAGGAGGCACUCAAAAAACUUGGAAUUCAAGUCAAAGUGGUAAAUGCAGCCCAUUCAUUCUACAAUGGUACAACAACUCUGCCAAUCUCUGAUGAAGACAGAACUCCCCGAAAAAGAAUUAGCAAGACUUUAAAUAUGACUACAAGUCCUGAGGAAAAAAGAAAAAUUAUUGGUGACACCUUCGUUAAGAUUGCCAAUGAGGUAAUUGGAGAAAUGAAUCUGAAACCUGAAGAGGUCUUUCUUGCUCAGGGAACCCUAAGACCUGAUCUCAUUGAAAGUGCUUCCCUUGUUGCAAGUGGCAAAGCUGAAGUAAUCAAAACUCAUCACAAUGACACAGAGCUGAUCAGAAAGCUGAGAGAAGAGGGUAGAGUAAUAGAGCCACUGAAGGACUUCCACAAGGAUGAAGUAAGAGUGCUAGGGAGAGAACUUGGUCUCCCAGAAGAGCUGGUCUCAAGGCAUCCAUUCCCAGGUCCUGGCCUAGCAAUCAGAGUAAUAUGUGCUGAAGAACCUUAUGUUUGCAAAGACUUCCCUGAAACUAACAACAUUUUGAAAAUAGUAGCAGAUUUUUCUGCAAGUGUUAAAAAGCCACACACUCUGUUACAAAGGGUCAAAGCAUGCACAACUGAAGAGGACCAGGAGAAGCUGAUGCAGAUCACAAGCCUACAUUCACUGAAUGCCUUCUUGCUGCCAAUCAAAACUGUGGGAGUGCAGGGUGACUGUCGCUCAUAUAGCUAUGUAUGUGGGAUCUCCAGUAAAGAUGCUCCACACUGGGAGUCUCUUAUGUUCCUAUCCAGGCUCAUACCACGAAUGUGCCACAACAUUAACAGAGUUGUCUAUGUGUUCGGUCCACCAGUCAAAGAACCUCCUACAGAUGUUACACCCACUUUCCUGACAACCGGAGUCCUCAGCACUUUACGCCAAGCUGAUUUUGAGGCUCAUAAUAUUCUCAGGGAGUCUGGUUAUGCCGGAAAAAUCAGCCAGAUGCCAGUAAUUUUGACACCAUUGCAUUUUGACCGAGACCCCUUACAGAAACAACCUUCCUGCCAGAGAUCUGUGGUUAUUCGAACCUUUAUCACUAGUGACUUCAUGACAGGCAUUGCAGCAACUCCUGGCAGUGAGAUCCCAGAAGAGGUUGUGUUGAAGAUGGUGACAGAGAUUAAGAAGAUUCCUGGCAUUUCUCGGGUGAUGUAUGACUUGACAUCAAAGCCACCAGGGACUACUGAAUGGGAGUAACAAUUUGUUUUUUUCUAUUAAAGUACUGUGUGCAGUUUAAAUUAUAUCAGAAACCAUUCCCAAUGUUGACAUGCAGUACUGUGAAAAGAGUGACUGGAGCUGCUACAUAACAUCUGAUUCCUCUCCUGGAGCAUAAAUCUGCAGUUAAGAGCUAUGUUGGGGAUAACUGUAAGUGGGGCUGAGGAUUUGUACGGGUAAAUAAUCAUGGCAGCAUUGCCUGUGCGCAGACAGAUUCAUCUUGCUUUUGCCUUUUGUCUUUACUGAUUCUUCCUGUUUUCAUGUGUUUUAUUGUUACUGUCAUUUCAAUGUCUCUGUUUUUGUACACUGUGUAAAAAGAGACAGUUUAUUUACUUUUACCAAAAUCAUUGUUACAGCCUAAAAAUGUAAAAUGAAUAAUUAAUGUGACCAACUGCUUUUGAACAGAUUUAUUAUAAAUAAAUAUUUUGCCAAAUGGAGUA